CCCAUUAUUCCUGCUGCUAUUCUGCCUGGAUCCUAAAAACACACCCCUAUGUCUAGGAUCACCUGCGCAGGUAUUAACUAGUUUCUUUUAAAGCCUGUCCAAACUUGUUGGAGUAAAAAUAACAAUCCGUGAACCUUUGGACUAACUCUGUUGAGAAAAAAAAUAUCUGCAACACCUGCAAGUGAAAGUAAAUGCUUCAAACGGAGAUUUUUCUGCUCUUCUGAAAUGGCUCGUCGGUAUUUCUUGACUUAUUUCACCCUCACCUCAUGCCUAGUUGCAGGACAGUCUCCAGAAUAUGCACUGCAGGGGGGGGGAGGUGUCCUUAAAGCCAGACGUCACUGGACACCCUGAUGGAAUUCUGUGGAAACAUAAAGGCAACAAAGUGGUAGAGUUUAAUGGCAAUGAGCAACAGGUCUACAAACCAUUUGAAAACAGGAUCACUGUUGACUGGGUCUCUGCAGCUAUCCAAAUUACUGACCUCAGGUUUGAAGACAGCGGAGAGUAUGAGUUGGAACUAGAAUUUAACAAAAAAUGGCACAGUUUUUUUUAUCAAUUGGAAGUCAUUGACAAGAUCGCCAAGCCCACCAUAUCCUGUGAGAUAAACGAUGACAGCAUCGGUAACAUCUCUGGAAAGCUGCUGUGCUCUGCAGAGCCUGGAAGACUUCAAACCGUAAAGAAGUUGGAGUGGAGAUCUCAUGGAAGCGUGCAGCCUGGCCCGGAGUUUAACAUUCCUCUGGGGGGUGAACAUAAUGAGGAAGAGUACAGUUGUACAGUCAGCAACCCUCGGAGUAGUGGAACAGCUACAUUCACUGCAAAGGAUUGCUACCCAGUAAAAAGCUCAUCUGUAGGACUGACUGCCGGCCUUGUCAGUGUCUGUAUUCUGCUCCUUGUGGCUGUUCUGGGCAUAGUUUGGUUCUGCAAACUACGCCAUAAAGCAUGUUUCGCUAAAGAUGAUCCUGAAAAACAGUCACCAGUUGUACCAAAAAAAGGUGUUUUAGGGAAAGAUGAGAAGAAAGCAGAGCGUUCUGAAAGAAAGUAUGGUAUUCCUAACAGAGAAUCCACACUACGCUCUAACCAGCCUCUUCGCAAUUUGAAUCAAGCUAUUUCAGGGGAAGAUAAGAAGAAAGCAGAUCGUUCUGAAGAAGAGCGUCUUCUUCAUCACAGUGAUACCACACUACCCUCUAACCAGUCUCUCCAUUUUAAUCAAGAUCAUAAUAUCGAUGAUCAAGAAGCUGAUACGCCACAAAAAGGGGGCACCAAAGAGCUCAUAAGAUACCAUGAACAAAACAAUUCUGGACAUAUCUACGGAUCACAGAGGGGAAGUAAGAAAACUGCGUGUCCUCGUUCUCCUCAGCCGGCCUUUUCUCAGGAUCAAAAUAAUCUUGGAGAUGAAGAUGCAGACAGAGAGCAUCUAGAAGAAAAAAUCCAACUUGGUAAAGCCACAAACUCUGAGGAGGCAGAACCAAACCCCGCUGGUGUGUCGGACGUCCCGAGUGAGGAGACGCAGUCUGACCUGGAACCCUCCGUUCCCGAACAGACAGAAAAGAACAGUGUGUCUCCUCCUUCCCCUACACAUAGUGGGUCAGCUUCUUCUCCAGAUCUGAAUAAUCUAGGAGAUGAAGAUGCAGACCAGAACAGAGAGAAUCUAGAGAGAGAAAUUCCACAGGGUAAACUCACAGACUCUGAGAAGGCAGGACCAGACCCAGCUGAUCUGUCGGACGUCCUGAGUGAGGAAUCCUCCGUUCCUGAACAGACAGAAAAGAACACUGAAGAGCAUGAGAAAACUGCGUCUCCUCCUUCCCCUCGGCAUAAUGAGUCACCUUCUCUGGGUCAGAGUAAUGUUGGAGCUGAAGAUGCAGACCAGCGCAGAAAGCUUGCAGAGGGAGAAACCCCACAGGUCCACAACUCAGACUCUGAGAAAGAAAAUCUAGACACAGCUGGUGUGAUGGACGUCCCAAGUGAGGAGACGCAGUCUGACCUGGAAUCCUCUAUCGUUCCUGAGCAGCCAGAAAAGAACACUGACCAGCAUGAGAAAACUGCGUCUCCUCCUUCCCCUACACAUAGUGGGUCAGCUUCUUCUCUGGAUCAAAGUAAUGUUGAAGAUGAAGAUGCAGACCAGCACAAAGGGCUUGCAGAUGAUAAAAUCCCACAGUGUGACCCCUCAGACUCCGAGAAGGCAGAUCCAGAGUCAGCUGAUGUGUCGGACGUCCCGAGUGAGGAGAGCCGGUCUGACAUGGAAUCCUCCGUUACUGAACACACAGGAAAUACCACUGAUGAGCAUGAGAAAACUAUGUCUCCUCCUUUCCCUCAAAAUAAUCUUGAAGCUGAAGAUGCAGACCAGCACAGAGAGUUUGCAGACGAAGAAACCCCACAGGUCGACAACUCAGACUCUGAGAAAGAAGAUCCAGACCCAGCUGUUGUGACGGACGUCUCGAGUGAGGAGACGCUGUCUGACCUGGAAUCCUCCGUUCCUGAACACACAGGUUUGGAAACUACAACGUUUGAGCUUGAUUCAGAUAAUCACAGAGAGCCAGAGAAGAAAGACGAUAAGGCUGAGGAAAUGCAGUCUGCUCCUGCCAACGCUGAGACUUGUUCUCCUGCUCAGCCACCCGAGGACAGUACUUUUGGACACAAAGAAACUAAUGAGAAGAAUGUCAGAGAGUCUGACUCAUCUGGUGAGGAGGAAAGAAAUGAAUCAGACGACUCUACCGAAGACGAACAUUCGCCCACCCUUCCUGAACACAAAGGGUUAGAAACAACACAUGAGCAAGAUUUAAAAGCCGCAGAAGAAGAAACACACUCAAGCCAAGACAAAAAGCAAGAGGUCAGUGAAACAGUCAAACCGGUUUCCGAAGAUGGAAAUAAAACAGAAAGUGUAGGCGACUGUAAAGAAACAGAUAAGGAACCAGAUCUGUAUUUAGCCACCUCCCAGCAAUCUCAGAGCCCCACACCUAGCAAUACCUUUCAAGAGACUCCAGACACUGCAGGAGCACAGCCAGAUCAAGAAGAAGAGGAACAACAAGGCCAUGAUAAGUCUAAGGUGCAGUCAGAUAAAGAUAAGGGUGAUGUUGUUGAAGAUAAACAUGAGGUCGAGUGUGGCCGUAAAGAGGAAAAGCCAGGCAAUGAAAGCCUUAGUGAGGAUGAUGAAGAAGAACAAAAGAAAGAUAAAGUUGUUGCUUAGGCCUUCAGGCAACUUGGCAAAUAUGAAAGGUAGAAUUCAAGAUGGAAGUUGAUAAUAAAAGUGCAGGUGUAAACACAACACAUCAGCAGGACAUGAGAUCAAUACAACGAUUUAAAGGUAGAGUUCAAGGACUAUUUAGGAAUUUAUAGACAGUCAAAAUGUAGAGAAAUACCUGCUGUGGUAUUGCAGAAAGAAAUUGAAAAGAUGGACAUACAGCAGGAAAAGAAGCAGACAAUUAGCAAGGGGUUGAUUCAAAAUAUCAAAAUGAAAUCAGUAAUGCCAUUAUUCUAUCUCCGUAACAUGCAGUGGACAACAGAGAUAACCAUCUCUCAAAGAGCUGGCAUGCUCCUGAAAUGACUUUAUAUUAUUUACAUGUUUACUUGGCAGUGUGCAGGAGGUGAUAGGGCAGAGCACCAGGGUGUAAAACUAACACAUUUGUUGCUUCCUUUUUAAGAUAACCCUACUUCUCUUAUUUGUAACUAUAAAGUUAUUUGAAAUAUUAUUCAACAAGUGUUAGAUUAACAGCUGCAUUGUUUUUUCAAUUGUUUUAAUUGUUUGUCUUUUUAAACGAUAUAACUUAUCCACUAAUAACUCUACAUAAUAUGUUUAAUUUAUGUUUAUAAAUAAGAAUUUAGAACUCUAAUCAAUUUAACAGCACUAAUCUUGUAAAUGUUAUAUUGUGACCUUGGAAACAUUUGUAGUUGAUUGUGCAGAGACUGUGACGUGCUCACACAAUAGAUAUUUGCCAUUUUUUAAAUCUUAAAGCUUUAAUGAAGGUGUUGUAGGGGAGUAAAAUCAUCAAACACAAUAAAUAAUUUGUCUGGAUUUAUAAUGGACAAUAUAUGUGUUUACGAUACUGUAAGCAUAUAACAAUAGAAAAUACAUAUUUGACCUUUCCUCCAAGUAUUUAUAACGUUUCAUGUAUUAAUUUAUUUGUAUUGAGACCAGCUUAUCACUGCUAAUAUUUGAAGUGUUUUGGAGCUCAGGGUAUAUUUCACAUUAUUAACUUUUAAUGAUUUAUAGAAUAUUUCCAUGCAUGACACUUAGAUUUGUUUACAAUGUGUUUUUUACCUUUCUAACGCUUGAGUUUUUGCUGAUGAUAUUGUUUUAGAAAUGUUUCACUGUCCUGGUUAGUAAAGGCAUUUGAAUUUUUAAAUAAAAGCUCAGAUUCUACAGUU